AUGGGUCAGGACCAAACCAAGCAGCAGAUAGAGAAAGGCUUAAAGCUGUACCAGGCCAACCAGACUGACAAAGCCCUGCAUGUCUGGACCAAGGUGCUGGAGAAGACCUCGGACCCCGGGGGGAAGUUCAGAGUGCUGGGCUGUCUCAUCACCGCCCACUCGGAGAUGGGGAAGUAUAAAGAGAUGCUCAAGGUAAGACGGAGAGAGAGUCCCUGUCAAGUUCACUAGCCAUGUUGAAGUAGAAUACAAGGCCCACCGAUCUUUCUCAUUUUUUUCAUUUGUUCAACAUACUGUUAUUGAAGUGUUGAGAGAUGUUAGCUAUUUGGGUAUUUGGGUAACAUUCCACGUUCUUAAUGAACAGUUAAUGAACAGUUGAUAUGAGGCAAAAACUAUUUCAUAGGAUGAGAUUUUGUAAUAUGAUCCUGGAUGUCUUUUGGGAUUUAUAAUACAGCACUGUCAAUUUGAGCGGCAGGGGAUGAAACUCCUCCCCCCCCAAAAAAUCUGUCCGUUCCACUGUUCCGACCUCCAAAAUAAAGUCAGGAACUGGUUCUAAAAAACAAAAAACAAAAAAAUCUGGUUAAUAUCGUUCCUUUCUGUUCCUUUUUUAACCUGUGAAAUCAACCGUUUUUUGUACAUUUAGCUCAUUAAAUGACUUGACCAGUCAGAGCGGAUAGAGCCGGCGAGCUGGUUGUUUACAAGCGUGAUGGACAGACGAGUGUAGCCAAUGGCGCAAGAUGCCACUGAAAUGUUACGGGUGAGGAGAGAGCGAGAGAGGGUUGAGGAGGAGGCAUGAAGCACUCGGCAUCUUGUUAUGACAUGCAUUAUCUGAAUUAGGUCCACAGAAUUAUACCUACGGAGGAGCGGCUUCUAUGGAGGAACGCUGAAUGUCCUUUGGGCUAGCUAGCUAACAAGCUUGUGUGUGUGGUGAGCGGCACCAGAAUAAAAAACACUUCUUACCAUUUUGUAGUUAAUAAAUCCAACGUGAAACGUGAUCACUAGGCCUAUAGUAUCCUUAACUAGCGUUGAAAAAGUGAAUCCAUUCUUCUCUAGCUAAUUAAAUAUCUCUCUCCCUUUCUUCUGAAUAAAGCUUGUAAGGUCAGUAGCCUCUGCUUCGGAGGGGGGAGAGGAAGGUAGCAUAAACACACACUGGCAAAGGUUUCCAGCUGGCAGGCCGACACUGGAAUACGCAUAAACACACACUGGCAAAGGUUUUCAGCUGGCAGGCAGACACUGGAAUACGCAUAAACACACACUGGCAAAGGUUUCCAGCUGGCAGGCCGACACUGGAAUACGUUUCAGUGACAGAGUGAGGGUUUUGCAUAGGUGCUUUGAUGCAUUUUUUUGUUGGACUGAAAAAAAUGCCUGGAAUGUAAAAAGACGGUUCUGUUCCGGUAUAGUAUGGAUCAGUUUCCUACCCGGUUCCAUUUCUGUUAUUUUCCGGUUUUCGGGUUCUGUUCCCUGAACCGGUUCCAAGAUGUAGUUUUAAACUCAGAUGGCAGUAAAGCUGCAGUGAGGUUGUGUGGAGAGAUAUGACGAGGGGAUGCUGCUGUUGUCAUUAAUUUAACGCGUCAUCAUGGUGGAUGCCAGGGGGCAGAGUGAUCGAGAUCUGUUCUCUAGCUUUUCCAUUGCAGCAUUUCAACAAUGUUGAAAGAACAUGGUGUCGUAUCAAACCUUUCCUCCUGGGAUUAUCCAUAGAAAUAGAAUGGACUAGAAUGGACAAAGCCCCUCAGACCAUGGUACAUCUGACUGUAGUACAUUCUAUUUCUAUGAUGUUAUCUAAACUGAAUCUUGAGGAGCAUCGGGGGUUAAUGUGUGGCUUCCACAGGAUACAAGGGACUGGGGGCCCAGAGAGAGCCUUGCAACCUGAGCUUGGAUGUGGGUCUUGUUGUUGACAUAAAACUCCCUACUCACCCCUAUACCCACUGCUUAAUGAAUGCUUCAGUAACAAGUUAGUUACCGGGCCCCAAAAUGGGAGACUUUGACUUAAAACGUUUUACUUCUGAAACUUCUUAACCCUGAUAUCAUGUGACUAAACUGUUCUAUAUAUUUAGAUACAUUACAUCAUUUUAUCAAUAACAAUAUUCCAUUACUUCUAUCUUAUCAAAAGGUUUUGUUUUGUUACUGUAAGUCCCCCAGCCACUGAUUAGGCUGGACUGAAAAGCACUUGGAGAUCUUUCAAGCGGGUCCAUAGUGUUAGUUAUCUACAUUGUGUCCAUAGUGUUAGUUAUCUACAUUGUGUCCAUAGUGUUAGUUAUCUACAUUGUGUCCAUAGUGUUAGUUAUAUACAUUGUGUCCAUAGUGUUAGUUAUCUACAUUGUGUCCAUAGUGUUAGUUAUCUACAUUGUGUCCAUAGUGUUAGUUAUAUACAUUGUGUCCAUAGUGUUAGUUAUCUACAUUGUGUCCAUAGUGUUAGUUAUAUACAUUGUGUCUAUAGUGUUAGUUAUAUACAUUGUGUCUAUAGUGUUAGUUAUAUACAUUGUGUCCAUAGUGUUAGUUAUAUACAUUGUGUCCGUAGUGUUAGUUAUAUACAUUGUGUCUAUAGUGUAUAAUGUUAUAAAUUGAUUUGCAUUUUAAUGAGGGAAAUAAGUAUUUGACCCCCUCUGCAAAACAUGACUUAGUACUUGGUGGCAAAACCCUUGUUGGCAAUCACAGAGGUCAGAGGUAUCUUGUAGUUGGCCACCAGGUUUGCACACAUCUCUGGAGGGAUUUUGUCCCACUCCUCUUUGCAGAUCUUCUCCAAGUCAUUAAGGUUUCGAGGCUGACGUUUGGCAACUCGAACCUUCAUCUCCCUCCACAGAUUUUCUAUUGGAUUAAGGUCUGGAGACUGGCUAGGCCACUCCAGGACCUUAAUGUGCUUCUUCUUGAGCCACUCCUUUGUUGCCUUGGCCGUGUGUUUUGGGUCAUUGUCAUGCUGGAAUACCCAUCCACGACCCAUUUUCAAUGCCCUGGCUGAGGGAAGGAGGUUCUCACACAAGAUUUGACGGUACAUGGCCCCGUCCAUCGUCCCUUUGAUGCAGUGAAGUUGUCCUGUCCCCUUAGCAGAAAAACACCCCCAAAGCAUAAUGUUUCCACCUCCAUGUUUGACGGUGGGGAUGGUGUUCUUGGGGUCAUAGGCAGCAUUCCUCCUCCUCCAAACAUGGCGAGUUGAAUUGAUGCCAAAGAGCUCCAUUUUGGUCUCAUCUGACCACAACACUUUCACCCAGUUCUCUGAAUCAGUCAGCAAACUUCAGACGGGCCUGUAUAUGUGCUUUCUUGAGCAGGGGGACCUUGCGGGCGCUGCAGGAUUUCAGUCCUUCACGACGUAGUGUGUUACCAAUUGUUUUCUUGGUGACUAUGGUCCCAGCUGCCUUGAGAUCAUUGACAAGAUCCUCCCGUGUAGUUCUGGGCUGAUUCCUCACCGUUCUCAUUAUCAUUGCAACUCCACGAGGUGAGAUCUUGCAUGGAGCCCCAGGCCGAGGGAGAUUGAUAGUUAUUUUGUGUUUCUUCCAUUUGCGAAUAAUCGCACCAACUGUUGUCACCUUCUCACCAAGCUGCUUGGCGAUGGUCUUGUAGCCCAUUCCAGCCUUGUGUAGGUCUACAAUCUUGUCCCUGACAUCCUGGGAGAGCUCUUUGGUCUUGGCCAUGGUGGAGAGUUUGGAAUCUGAUUGAUUGAUUGCUUCUGUGGACAGGUGUCUUUGUAUACAGGUAACAAAAUGAGAUUAGGAGCACUCCCUUUAAGAGUGGGGCUCCUAAUCUCAGCUCGUUACCUGUAUAAAAGACACCUGGGAGCCAGAAAUCUUUCUGAUUGAGAGGGGGUCAAAUACUUAUUUCCAUCAUUAAAAUGCAAAUCAAUUUAUAACAUUUUUGACAUGCGUUUUUCUGGAUUUCUUUGUUGUUAUUCUGUCUCUCACGUUCAAAUAAACCUACCAUUAAAAUUAUAGACUGAUCAUUUCUUUGUCAGUGGGCAAACGUACAAAAUCAGCAGGGGAUCAAAUACUUUUUUCCCUCACUGUACAUUAUGUCUAUAGUGUUAGUUAUAUACAUUGUGUCCAUAGUGUUAGUUAUAUACAUUGUGUCCAUAGUGUUAGUUUUACUUUGGGUUUUUUUUUUUUGUGUUAUUUUAAACUUUGUUCCAUAGUUUUGUUUAAAUGUGCUAUAGUUGGUUAUUACAUUGUUAUAGUUUUUGUUAAUACAUUGUGUCAUAGUUUGUUAUAAUUGUGUUAUAGUGUUAGUUUUAAUGGUCAUAGUAUUAGUUUUACAUUGUGUCAUAUGAUUUACUACAUUUUUGUCAAAGUGUUAUUUAUUUUACAUUGUGCCCAUGUUUUAUUUUAUUACAUUGGCCCAUGGUUAGUUAAAAACUUUGUGCCAUAGGGGUGUUUUUUAAACUUUGUUCCAAGUGUUGUAUCACAUUGUGUCUUAGUGUUAGUUAUUAACUUUGUUUUAUAGUGUUAGAUUUAAUUGUCCAUUUUUGGGAUUACAUUGUGUCAAUAGUGUUAUUAUCACUUUGGGUCAUGUGUUAGUUAUCACCAUUGUGUUUUUAAGGUUUUAGUAAUAUACAUUGGCCAUAGUGUUAGUUAUUACAUUUUUCUUUUUUUCUUGGGGGCCAGGGUUUAGAUCCCCUUCUCUCUCUCCCCCCCCCUCGCAGUUGCCCUGGCCCAGAUAA